AUGGCCUCCCAACGCAAAGCAGGGUCUGCCCGACCCUUGGCUGGGGUGAAGGCGCUGUGCCUUCUUGCAGCAGGAGUUGCUCUGAGCCGGCUGCAACCCAUGUCAGAAGAUGUCGCAAGCAGCCAGGCCUUCGUGAACAUGCAGGCCUCCCCUGCGCACUCUGCCACCUCUCGCGCUGCGGAGGGUGAGGGUGAGGCACCUUUGGCGCCUUCGGCCGGGAAGCGUCUGCUGGUUCUUGGCGGCAACGGCUACGUCGGGCGUGAGGUCUGCCGUCUUGCCGUGCAGAGGGGCUUCAAGGUCACCUCACUCAGCAGACGAGGUGAGAACCCGGAGCCCGGCAAUGCAGAGCUCGACCAGGUCAAGUGGGUGCAGGGCAAUGCGGCAGACUCCUCUACUGUCCAGAGCCUUGUAGGGGAUGCCGAUGCCGUCGUUCAUGCCAUCGGCUUGCUGUUUGACGUGAACAGCGGCCUCACAAACCUCAACCUCGUCGUGAGCGGAUCCGGCUCCACGCCCGAUGAUGCCAGCACCUACGACCGAAUCACGCGCCAGACGGCCUUCAACGUCAUCAACGCCAUCAAAGGUCGCAUCCGCAUGCCGUUCUCGCCGCCCAUGCCAAUGAUGUUCGUCUCGGCGGCAGAGGCAGGAUGGCCAGACGUGGCCCUUGGCCCGCAGGUGGAGAAGGUGGCGCCGACGUGGCUGAAGGAAUAUUUGGUGGCCAAGCGUGCGGUUGAGGGCGAGCUCAGCUCGAGCGCAGAUGCCAUCAGGGCUGCCAUCUUCAGGCCAUCGCUGAUUUGGAGCUGGACCAAGUUUGACGUUCUGCCGGUCAUCCCAGUCUUCAACCUUCUCAAUGCCCUUGGCGUUCCUUUCGUUGACAAGACCGUGACGGUCUUCACCCUUUCGAAAGCCAUUGUGGCGGCACUGGAGGACGAGGGCGUCAGCGGCGUUCAGCGGUUCACUGAGAUGGAGGAGCUGGAGAAGAAAGUUGCCUAA